AAUGGAGUCGCUUCAGUAUAAACUUGGCAUCUGCUGGCGACGCUAAUACUGGAUAAUUAUUAAUCAUAUUUUUAUUCGUCUCAUAAAUAUUACCGAUUUGUAAUUUGCGUGACGUAAUGCCCGCCCUAACAAACCGCCCGAUCGCCCCAAUCCUCUGGCCGUUGGUUAAGGUCUUGGGGCUAUUAGUGUUGGUAAGCCUGCCAAUUGUAACGGUAUCGGGGAUCGAGUGCUACGUAUGCGAUACCAGCGAUACGGAUCAGCCGUUCCAGUGCGGUGAAUGGUUCGAGCGUUACGACGAACCGGACAUCCAGCCCCAAAACUGUUCCAGCGUCCAUGGGGCGCAGUUCUGUGUGAAGCAUGUGGGUCGCUUCGAGGGCGGUAUCGGUGCGAAGCGCUUCUGCAGCUCCAAGGAUCUGGGCAACUAUUGUGAUUAUGUCCGGAAUAAGGGCGAUCGGAUGGAUUAUCGCAGCUGUAUAUACACUUGCGAUACGGACGGUUGCAAUGCCGCCUCCUCUCUAGUUUCGGGGGGCAACGGUAAAUGGGGUGUGGCUGCUGUUGUCGGCCUUCUCACUCUCUCGCUCUUUGCCCGUCACUAGGCCGAGUGGGAGAGUCAUGGAGUGGGGGGGAGGCGUAGAAGAGCACCCAGACAAAGCUUUGUAAACACACAAAAAAAAAAGCCGCAUCACAAAAUAUUUUUUUUUUGCAUAAUAUCUAAGUUUGUUAAUUAUAAGUUGUAACACACACA